AUUACAUAAUGCACAAGAAGAAGGUGAAAAUUAUGUUUAACAGAAAGCUCAGCGGGAAGAAAACUGAAGGCAGCAAAUUAGGAUCACACUAUACCGCAAGAGGAAGGAAGACUAGCUCAAUAGAAGACAAAGCUAGCAUAGCUGAAAUUUCAGCUAAGAACAAUAAUCCUUCAACAGGAAGACAUUGAAUUGAGACUAAGAACAAACUGAAUUAUAGCCCAAUGAGCAUUAAUGGAAAACUAGCUUAUGGAAAUAUGGGGUCUUCAACUCCUAUAAACUUUAAGAAAGCUCCUCCUGUGUCUUUGAAAUCUGGAAAAUUUAUCAACACAGAUAGACCUAAAACCGGUAUGAUUCAUUCACGAGUUAAAGCAUGUAAAUCUAGAAGAGCAGAGCCUCGGUCAGUAAAUCUUUUCGAAAAAGACCCAAUCAAAGACUGCGCUGAAGAAAAAGAAACUGGUGAGAAUAAAUCUGGUCUAAACAGCUACAUUAGCGAGAGUCAUCGGCUUUCUAAAACUGGAGGAAUUUAUGGGAAAUAUUCGACAGGAAAACAUUUAGACAACAAAGUAUCUUCCAAACUUUCUCAUGAAGUAAUGCAUGUUAAGGGACAAUUUGUCCAUGGCUCACCAAAAGAAAGGAAUGUAGCAUCCUUUAUGCCAACGAAUGCAAAAUCAGUUGAGAAAAUGGAGUCGAUUAAAAAUACUAGCAAGAUUAGACCGAUUCUGGUAAGCUUACAAAGUUCAACUAAAGCAACUGAGAAGAAAGCUGUCAAAGGAGCCCUAAAAGCGAAACGGAAGGGAACUGCUACAGAUUUUAGGAAAAGAAAGAGCACAGAUAGUUCAGGGAAAACUUAUCAGGCAACAGCAAAGAGGAAGCCUCACCAAAAAGGGUCAAAUCUUAAAGGAAAACCAGAUGAAAAACCUAAACCUUUGAUGAGUUUCAAAACCUCUUUAGAAAAGAAACCCCAUAUCAUUGUUGAAGGGAGACAUGUUGAGAUAGACUUUUGAGAGUUAGAGAGAAGGCCAGAACCUCCAAGGUCUAAGUCAUGAAUGAAGAAGGCUACCAAUACAGAGAAGCCAAAGGCUACUAAAACUGUGACAUUUGCAGAUAGAUUAAUCGUCAAUGAGGACUCUUUAGACUCCGAUAUGAUGGAAAGGAUUCAUCAUAACUUGGAGUAUAAUGAUGAUAGAAUAUUCGAGAAUCUUAGUAUUUUCCAACAGCUCUCAAGAGACAAUAGUGAAAUUAAGCCAGCCACAGAGGAUACUAAAAAGGUAGAAGAUAGGAAAGAAAAUGAGGCUAGCAAUGACCAGCCCGCUAUAGGUGAUUCUGGCAAUAAAGAUUUCACUGAUAUUGAGCAAAACCAAGGAAUCCUGAGCAGCUGUGAAGAGUCAGGAGCUAUAAAUGAUUCAAAGAAGGAGAAGAAACCAAAAGAGCCUUUCUUUGAGGCACAAGUCUCUGUGAUUGAAAGAAUGGAAGAAACCAAAGAAGCCUAUGAAAUUAUAAAAGAAUUCUCAAAUCUAGAUUUUAGUAAGAGCGGGAAUCAGGAAAACAGCUCUGGUUUUAUGAAGCUAAAUGACAGUCUAAUCAAAAGCAGAGAAGUCCUAAAGGACAAGAGUAUUAAAAGAGAGUCUAUUAAACAAUUGAGCAGUAAUAAGAAGAUAAAAGACUCCUUUUUAUUUAAAAAUAUGGAACAACAAGAUGAAAGUUCAGUCAAUUACAAGCAAUCUCCUUCUUUAGUUGGAACAAAGGAAUUCUUAGAAGGGAAACCUCAAUCCUCUAAGAAUUUAGAAAACAAGAUUGACAAUAUAAAGAAAGAUUCAACUCAAAUGGAGUUUGAAGCAGACUUACCUAAUGACAACUUCUUUGAAGAGAAAGGAAGUGAGAGCAUAAUUGAAAAGAAUGAUGAAGAAUCUAAAUUUGUCGAUGAGGAAUCCUACAGCAUGGUGUAUCUCACCAAACAGCAAAAUAGUAAUAAUCCCCAAUCUUCUUUAAAGCUCAAUUUUGCUAAUUCGUUAGACAACAAUACUAAAGAGUUGUCCAAGAUCGAAGACAUAGAAGGUUCGGAGGAUAACAAGGAUGAUGAGAAGAUAAAGCUGGAGUACAGCAGUCAGAAGCAAGAGGAGGAAAACUCAAUUAGCCAAAUGAAUUCUCCAAUGUUUAAAGCCGAAUCCACUAUUUCGUAUAAUCAAGACCCUAGUAAAAUAGAAGUAGACCCAGAGAAAUCAGAUACUAUUGGGCUAAUUCUUGAGGAGGAAGCCAAGAGUAAACCUGAGAGGCAAGAUAUUGCUAUUGAGAAGCAGGAUAGCACAUCGGAGAAACCAUCUGCAACCAAGGAUAUACACAAAAAGGUAAGCGAAUUCAACUCUCUCAGCGAAAUCUUUGGAGAUCGAGUCGAUUUCGACAUGUCAACUAUCAAGGAGAUGAUGGAAUCACUUGAAGAGGAUUCUUUUCAGUUUGCUAAUUCAAAAACAGAGAUUAACAAGCCUAAGGCUGGGCUCAAGCUCACUCCAAGAGAUGAGCGUUCUCAGAAUAGUUUUGAGAAAAUCAUUAAAUAUAUGAAGAAAGAGAUCUCCAAAAUUGAUACAGUAAAAAGAAGAGAAAAGAAUCCAGAAAAAGUUGCUAAUAUUAUCAAGAACUUUAUCCAGAAUGUGAAAAGGAUCGAAAUUUCUCCAAGAAUUGAAGAGAAAUCAGGAAAUAUUCAAUUCAAAGCUUCUCAGCAAUUAACCAGUAACAUGGAGACUCCAGAGCCUAAGGAGGAUAUUCCUAAGUCACAGACAACUGUCAGUGUAAAUACUGCAGCAACAAAGAAAGUAGGGAAGCAAGAACUCUAUGUAGAAGAAGGGAUGAAUUCAAAUAAUGAAUCUCCAUCAGACAAUGGGUCUUAUGUAUUUGAGGAGGAGAAUAUUAUGAAAGAUAUGGCAGAGCCUAUUCCCAAUAAGCUUCCUCCAAUGGCUACUCACUAUACAAAAUCACAAGAAGAUCAACAUGAAAAUGAUGAUUGAUUCAAUAAUAAAGGAGUUAAUAGAGGCUUCCAGGAAUUUAUGAGCAACAAGAAUAAAUAGGAUUUUAUCCCAGAUCGCAUCAAAGGAUGAAUUUAGGACGCCUUAUAACAUGACAAUAACUGAAGGAAAGUUCCCAAAGAUGGCCAAGGGAAAGGAAGACAACAAGUUGAAAAAGAAUAAGAGUACCCAGAAUAAGAGCCAUAUGAGUGAGAAUUCUUCUCAUGAAACAUUUAAAAAGUAUUGGUCCAAAUUCUUCGGACAGUAACUGAUCAUUAAUUAUGGAUAGUAAAUUAUUUUCUGUGUUU